AUGGCGACUGCUGCAGCAGCAACAGCUGCUGCUGCAACAGCAGCAGCAGCAACAGCAGCAACAGCAGCAAAUACCACUGCGCCAGAGACACCUGUGGAGCUGCCAGCAGCAGCUGCUGCAUUUCUUGAUGCCUUAAAGCAGCUACCAGGCUCUGCUUCUGAGGGGACGUAUGCAGGCCUCCUGAAGCAGCAGCAGCAGCAGCAGCAGCAGGAGAAGACAGUCGAACCAGCAGCUAAGCGAGCCCGUAGAAACAGCAAUCUAGAGCAGGCAGUCUCUGCAGCAGACACCACUGCUGCUGCUGCUGCGACUGCUGCUGCUGCUGACUGUACACCCGAAGGCCUUACCGCACCUAUGGAGGCGUUGCGGCGGCAGCAGCAGAAGACAACUCAUUUGGGUUUUGCUGCUGCUGCAGCUGUUGAAGCAGCACUGCUGAAGCUGGAGCAGCAAGUUGAGAGAUGCGUCUCUCUCAGACACAAACUGCGCCAGCAGCAGCAGCAGCAGCAGCAACAGCAGCAGCAGCAACAGCAGCAGCAGGAAGCGCCUGUUAGCAGAGAAGGCAAUGCAGCAAAAGGAGAGCCUCAGGCGAAGGCUGCAGGGUCUGACGCCGCCGGAGAUGCUCAAUCGGCAUGGGCGGCACUGGUUCGCCAGGCUUAUAGCAACACGAACACCACCAGCAGCAGCAACAGCAGCAGCAGCAACAGCAGCAGCAGCAGCAGCAGCGGGGAUAUGUUGGAGACUGUACGAGCCCUGAAUGAAGCGCAGCAGCACAGCAUUCCUGCUGCAGUGAUGGAGCUGCGACGGUGCCACCGGCUGAUGUGUCUGCAGCAGCAGCAGCAGGAUCAGGUUGUUGCUGUUGCUGCUAAGAGGGGCUUUGCUGCUGCUGCAGCAGAGAGGGAAGCCAGCUAUCAAUACGCGCUGCUCUGGGGCUGUGUGCUGCUGCUGCUGCGGCGCUCAGAGACGCAUGCAAGAGCCUUGCUGCAGCAGCUGCGCGAGCAGCACGAUGAAAUCAGCAGCAGCAGCAGCAGCGACGGGUUAAAGGCAGAAGCAACUGAGGGAACAGCAGCAGAAGGAGACAUGUCUCUUGCUGUUGCUCUAUAUAGAUUUGCUGCUGCUGUUUCAACGGAGGAUGUUGCUGCUGCUGCAGCAAAGGCAGCAGCUUCUCCUUGUGCUGCAGCCGAAGCAGCAGCAGUAGCAGCAGCAGCAGCAGCAGCAGAGGAGGCCUUCCAUCACCGCCUUCUAUCUUUCCUCACGAAGGAGCUGCAGCAGCGGGAGCAGCACAUUGCUUUGGUUGCUGCAGCAGAGAAGCGGCGACUGGCUGCGGAGAAGGAGCAGCAGCAAGCAGCAAACCGUUUGAGGACACUGCAGCAGAAGCAGCAAGUGCUGCGGCGUAUCAUCCAUGAGUUUGCUGCUCUCUGCAGCGCAACACCUGCUGAUGCUGCUGUUGCUGACAGCAGCAGCAGCAGCAGCAGCAGCAGUGCUGGCAGCAAGAGUGGUGGCGCCACCACUACGAACACUUCUAGCGGCAGCAGCAGCAGCAACAGCAGCAGCAGCAGCAGCAACAAUAACAGCAACAAUAACAGCAGCAGCAACAAUAACAGCAGCAGCAACAACAGCAACAACAGCUACUCGAAGCAGAGUCCUGCUGCUGAAAAGGAGCAGCAAAACACGAAAGGAUGA